AUGGCACCUCUCUCGGCGCUACCAAUAUCGCAGAUCCUCCGUUCAUACCUGAUCACAACCAUGUCCAGUCACCCGACUCUCUUCUCCGCCUCCACGGGUCUCCUGCGACAGAUGCUCGAGUCUUCAAACCCACUCCUCAACCUCAAAAAUCCUCUCAUGCGAGCAGUCCUGUGGGAAACAUUUUACAAGCAAUUCUGUGCAGGCGAGAAUCAAGCGCAAGUCUCACAGCGAUGCGAGGAGAUUCGACGAUUGGGCUACAGCGGAGUCAUCCUUGAGUACGCCAAGGAAGUGCUGAAGGAGGGCAAGACAGACGAGCUCCAAGACGUGGCUACAUGGCGGAAAGGAAUGCUGGAUACAAUCUCGAUCGCUGCUGAAGGUGACUUCUGCGCUUUGAAGUGGAGUGGUAUGGGACCAGCGGCAAUGCGCAGAAUGGCGGAGGAGAAGGCCCCCAGCAAGGAAAUGGACGAAGCCAUGCACGCCAUCACCUCUGCCGCGGCCGCAAAGAACAUCUCCCUUCUCCCGAGCGCCGAGGAGACCUGGAACUUGAAUGGCUACCAGGACUGGACUUUGCGCAUGCAAAGAGCGUACAACACCAGUGGCAAGAGUGUGGUCUACAACACCUACCAGAUGUACCUCAAAGAAAUGCCCGGCAGGAUCGCAAAACACUUGGAGAUCGCAAAAGCAGAAGGUUUCACCCUCGGCGCAAAGCUAGUUCGUGGCGCAUAUCUGCAAUCGGAAAGGCGAAGCCUCAUCCACGACACCAUCCAAGACACCCACAACGCCUACGACUCCGCCGCAUCAGCCCUCCUCCAGAAACGCUACAACCCCUUCCUCCGCCCCAGCACCCCCGGCAGCACGGAAAAAAUCCAACCCCCCAUCAACAUCAUGCUCGCCUCCCACAACGCGGUCACCGUCACCAAAGCCCAAUCCCUCCGCCGAGCGCAAAAGCUUCGCGGCGAAGACCUCGUCCCCCUCGCUUUCGCCCAACUGCAAGGCAUGGCGGAUGAAGUCAGCUGUACUCUCCUCGCGGCUGCUCGUGCGACUAAAGACGAUCCCAAUGCCGUGCAGGAGAAGGUCUUUAAGUGUACGCCGUGGGGUAGUAUGCAGGAGUGUUUGAAUUAUCUUUUGAGGCGCGCGGCGGAGAAUCGGGAUGCGGCGGGUAGGACGGGGGAGACGAGGCGGGCUAUGGGGAGGGAGAUUGCGAGGAGGGUUAGGGGGAUCAUGUGA